AAAAUAUUAGGUACCUGGAUAGAAUUUACAGAAGUAAGAAAAAAUCAUAAAUAUGAAAUUUGUAUUUUUCGGCACGUUUUUGCUAAUUUUCGGUUUGUUACAAGCCGGUCCUGUACAAGAAAAACAGGACAAAAAUGAAGAUUCUUGCGCGGUGUGCCAAUACGACUUGAAAGUUUUGAAGGAAUCAUUAGAGGGUGGAGCAAUGACGAUCGCUUUGGAAGAAGCAGUAGUCGAAGUGUGCAGAAUUUUGUCAUUUUCGGAUGAAGUAUGCUUGAAUGCAGCAAAUGCAACUGCAACUGUUGCGAAAUACAUCGGUGACGAAAUGCAUCCUGACGUCAUUUGCAAACUGUGGCAAUUAUGCAAGUAGAGAUAAAAAUAACAAUAAAACUUUGCACGAUUGAUUAAAGAUGUAUGUUUGAUUUUGAAUGCUCCACCCAGUAUAAAUUUGAAGGAGG